AUGAAUGAAUGUGGCGGUGAAGCUUGCGAUGGGCCCUUGAUUUCCACCAUGCACUGCCGAAAGGAUUGCGAAGAUCCUGUGGACUGCAUUUUUGAUGCAUGGACAGCCUGGGACUCGAGCACCUGUGAAGGCGGCCGCGGUCAGAAGAUGCGCAGCCGUAAUGUGAAACAGGAGUCUACCAAUGGAGGUCUACCAUGUGUGGGGCCCACACAGGAAACAGGUCCUUGCGAUGAGCCAAUCGAGGACAUUGAUUGUGUCCUGGGCAGCUGGGAGAUGUGGACCCCUUGCAGCAGCACCUGCGGUGUGGGCACCCGAAGCAGGAUUCGCGGUGUGGUCACGCCCAAGUCAGGUUUUGGAAACCCUUGCGAUGGGCCUUUGAAGAUUGUGGACGACUGCAAGAUGCACGAGUGUGUUUCACAGGACUGCGGCUGGGGUGAGUGGACGGAAUGGCAAGAGGGCGACAAGGAAGGUAUGUGCCACCGCACCCGCAAGAUCUACACACAAGCCACUGGCAAUGGCCUCCCCUGCGUCGGCUCAAUGCAGGAUGUCAAAGCUUGCCAUGCUGUGAUUGAUUGCCAGAUCUCCGAAUGGAGCUCAUGGAGCAACUGUGAUCGCAGCUGUGGUGUUGGGCAGUCCAUGCGUGGGCGACACAUCACGGCCAAUCCAAUGAAUGGUGGCGAGGCCUGCCCGGAGGAAUUGGAGGAGAUCCGUGGCUGCAAUGAAUCACCUUGUGGAGGCCGCCAUUGCCAGGUGAGCGAAUGGAAGGAAUGGGGCGUGUGCUCCAACUCAUGUGGCAGGGGAUCGCAAAUCAGGAGCCGCUUCAUUCUGAACCAAGCCAAUGGCGGUAUGGGCUGUGACAACCUCUUGGCCGAAGCACGAGAGUGUGGUGAGAUCAUUGAUGACGGAGGAAUGGACUCCGGCUUUGGCUCGGACAACAAUGGAGGAAUGGAGACGACCGACUAUGGAUCAAGUGGAGGUAGGGGGAGUCGAGUAUGGCUCGAGCAAUGGAGGAAUGACAUCAUCCCAGACAUCUAG